AUGAGCGCGACCUGGCGUAGCGUAUUCACCUAUAACAAAUACACUCAAAUCACCGCACGGGCCGUGCGCAACUCGCUCGAGGAAACUCAUCGGCUGGCAGCGGAAAAACGCGGGUUGACGCUCCUCCGUUACCAGAAGUGGGAAGAUGGUGUUGGUGGAACCCAGACAGUGUUGAAUCCGGACGUAGAAACGUCAGACCCCAAGAAGAGUGCAGCGGUGUGA